CACACCACCUACAAAGAUGACUACCGCUACAAAUUUACCCCAAGAAAACACAAGCGCAACUCACAGGAGCCUCAGACUACCAAGGCAAACGCCCCUGACCUUGACCAGCGAUUGCCAAGCAUCCCGCUGAUAAAGAGCAAGGACCCGUGCUCUACGAGGCAAGAGAAUGAUUCUGAUGAACUGGACAGGCUGUGUGGUAUCGAUCCGACCGAGUAUUCGGUAUCGUUGGAGAAAAUGAAGAACAUGUGGAGUCUCAAGGUUCAAUUCCCUUUCACUUUUCUGUGCUUUAUAGUUAUCUUUUUUUUAUAUAUAAUUCGUAUCUCGAGAAUCAACUAUUAUAGGGAUUCACUGGCAGAAAAAUUAAGCUGUGGGCUAUCCUACGAGUGCUGAGAACCACUUUUAAAACAUAUGACACGUUAUCGUAAAAUAUGUCUAAAUUUAAAAAAACUUAAGCUUUCCUAUUUCUACAUCAAAUAUCCUCAUUUUGUACAACAAUUAAUUACCGCAUAUUUAUAAUAAGUUAUCUGAUAUUUUACUCUCUUUACAAUGAGUGAUCAUAUAGUGUACAAUAUGUUAUCGAAUGUUUACAGCAUGUUUACAAUUAGAUACCAAAUAUUGACAGUAAGGCACCGAACAAUUCCAUCAGUUUAGCAAAAGUAUACAGUAAUGUUUAACACUCAUUUAGUCCAUAACCGCGGUUAUCAAAGUGUUGGAAUGUUGCCAAACUUAAAUAGUCAUUAUUUUUUAAUAUUUUUAGGGGGGGGGGGAGGGAUUUUCGUUUAUUUUAUAAUAACAUUUAUUUGUACCACUAGAAACACCGUUAUGUAAAUGUACCACAGUUUGAGAUCCUUUUUGUCUUUAACAUUAAAAUCUUUCUUCACAGAGUACAGGUGAUCCAGAUGACGUGUGUGCGGCACUGGCCAGUGGUCUACAGUGUAAAUAUCAAACGUCGUAUUCUUAAAACAUUUUAUUUUAAACGUUUAAAGUAAAUAAGUACAAUGAACUGAACCUGCCAUUUAGAGUUGAUGUCUAAGAAGAGCGAACUGAACCUGCCAUUUAGAGUUGAUGUCUAAGAAGAGCGAACUGAGCCUGCCAUUUAAAGUUGAUGUCUAAGAAGAGCGAACUGAGCCUGCCAUUUAGAGUUGAUGUCUAAGAAGAGCGAACUGAGCCUGCCAUUUAGAGUUGAUGUCUAAGAAGAGCGAACUGAACCUGCCAUUUAGAGUUGAUGUCUAAGAAGAGCGAACUGAACCUGCCAUUUAGAGUUGAUGUCUAAGAAGAGCGAACUGAGCCUGCCAUUUAGAGUUGAUGUCUAAGAAGAGCGAACUGAACCUGCCAUUUAGAGUUGAUGUCUAAGAAGAGCGAACUGAACCUGCCAUUUAGAGUUGAUGUCUAAGAAGAGCGAACUGAGCCUGCCAUUUAGAGUUGAUGUCUAAGAAGAGCGAACUGAACCUGCCAUUUAGAGUUGAUGUCUAAGAAGAGCGAACUGAACCUGCCAUUUAGAGUUGAUGUCUAAGAAGAGCGAACUGAACCUGCCAUUUAGAGUUGAUGUCUAAGAAGAGCGAACUGAUCCUUGACAUGCACUCCACCUUUACACCUGAAUCAAUUAUAAAAAAUAAAAGAACAAUAAUAUUGUGCAUUUUAUAUCUGUUCUUUUUCAAAGCGCUAACUGCUUGACUUGGAUUUCAAAAUGUUUGGCUUUUAAAAAGUUACUCUGAAGUAUAUCAAUAUCCAUGCUCUCUCGUCAUGGUCCAUCUAGAGUAGCUGGGUCAAGAAUAACACUAGCCAUCAUCUCUCAUCAUGGAUCAUCUGGCAUAGCCGGGUCAAGUAUAAAACUAUCCAUCAUUUCUCGUCAUGGACCAUCUGGCCUACCUGGCCUACCUGAACUCACUCCUAACACGCUACGCUUCACUAGACUUGUAUCUUGUACAUAGCUAUGCAUGAAACUUCUAUAAAUACGUUUACAUAUCAUUGCAUGUAACUUCAAUGAUGACGUCACCAGGUGAUGGAAGACAUGGCUCCAGGGUGUACAGCAACGAGAUGCCAACCAUUCCAAGAAAACCUCUACCCCGUGACAUUCUGCAGCCUGACGUCAUUGUCCUCAAGGCCACAGAUUGGAAGGGUAACGACUUAAUAAUCAUCUUUAUUAAUUAAAAAAAUAUAUUUUUAAAAUCGUUCAAUUCGAGUUCUCAAAAUGCACUUUGUGAAUUAUAUGUGUUAUUUACAGUAGAACUUUGGUUAACUAACAUAAUCACUUCCAUUACUUUGUUCUUAAACCGAAACGUUCGCUAACCGAAAUAAAGUUUUCCCAUUGAAUUCAACUAAUCUGUUCCAGCCUUAGGAGAUAUGGUAUUUUGAAAUUUUGAUUGGUCGUUCUGUAAUGAAAAGUAGAUCUUUUAUCACACUUAGCAGCCUCUUCAUAUCUUACAACUAGAAGCCACUGCAUGCCUUACCACUAACAGACUCUCCAUGAUUACAACUAACAGCCUCUCCAUGAUUACAACUAGCAGUCUCUCCAUGAUUACAACUAGCAGUCUCUCCAAAAAUCUUUGCCAACCCAGGGUGGUACUAACACUAGCUUCGUCCCUAUUCAGGAAAUCAGGGUCAGCUAUACACUGCACUAUCAUUUUUAUCGGUAAGUAGGACAAAUCGAAGUCGGCCGUGGCUCUAUUGUGGAAGUCGCCUCUCCAGAAAAGUUUCAUUAUUUCAAAAAUCAAGAUGUGCAGUUUUGAGAAUAUCUUUUCAUUAGACUCUUUGAUCGGGGAAGGAAUUGUUAUGUCAUUAUAGGGCCCAGUCUUGCUUCUUUUUAUGCAUUUUUACCCCGUCUGGGGCAUAGGCCAUCUACAAGAAUUUUCGAAUCAUCACGGUCCUGUGCUUUCCUUUUCAGUUGCUUCCCGGUGUAUAAAAUACUUUGCACGUCUGCUUCUAGCUCGCGUCUCCAAGUAUUCUUUGGCCUUCCUCUCUAGCUCGCGUCUCCAAGUAUUCUUUGGCCUUCCUCUCUUUCUUUUUCCGUGUCGAUUCCAUGUUAGGGAUUGUCCGGUGAUGCUAUCUGGGGUUUUUGGUGAGUAUGUCCCAACCAACUCCAUCUUUUCUUUUUGAUGACUUCAUCAAUGGGCACCUGGUAAGCCCUUUCAAUAAGAACAUUAUUAGUUAUGGUAUUUGGCCAUUUGAUGUUCAGGGUGAGUUAUUGAUCGUGAGGUCAGAGCGUGAAGUUGGUGGCGUGGAACGUUAGUGUGUGCUGUGUGUUAGUCGACAGUAGGAGAGACAAGUUGGUUGACAGUGAGAGUUGAGCUGAUGUGUCAGAGUCCAGAAUUGUCACAUGAGUCGAGAGAUCUAGUAUUUUGUUAGAUUCAUUGUAUGGCUUGUUGCCUGAGGAUUGUAUUCUUCUGCUGAAUCAGUUAUGUAGCAACUGUUUUUGUAACAAGUGGAUGUUUCAGUACAUGUAAAUGAAUACAUAAUUUACAAUGGACUAGUCAGUGUUUGAGUUACUUGACCAAGAGAGAGAGAGAGAGACGAGAAUAAAACUUACAGGUCUGACAUAAGGUUAGACAUCGAGUAGUCACCCUACAGGUCUGACAUAAGGCUAUACAUCGGGUAGUCACCAUACAGGUCUGACAUAAGGUUAGACAUCGAUUAGUCACCAUCGGAGGUUGUAGCCCCUAGACAACAGGAGAAGGCCGUAAUACGAUGGUCUUGAUGACACCAGUGAAAGGGUCAUUCGACCCCAAAAGAGGUCGCGACCCACAGGUUGAGAACCGCUGCCAUAGUCGAUCCCACAGUCGAAGCCUGAACAGGAUUCAAUGACCAUUGAUACUGACAGUUAUAGGUUAUGGGCUAAAUGAGAUACAUGGAUGUGCGUUAUGUGAGGGGGUGGUGGGGUAAUGUGAGGGGGUGGUGGGGUAAUGUGAGGGGGUGGUGGGGUAAUGUGAGGGUGUGGUGGGGUAAUGUGAGGGGUGGAGGGGUAAUGUGAGGGUGUGGUUUGGAAAUGUGGGGGAAUGGUGGGGUAAUGUAAGGGUGUGGUGGGGUAAUGGUAUGANUAUUGAGGUGGGUGUGAUGGGUGGGUAUGGUGCAGGUAUUGAGGUGGGUGUGAUGGCAGAAAACGCAAGGAUGCUGUGGUAGUAAUGGGGGGGGGGGGUGGUUAUUUAGUGAAGGUAUGACGAAAGUUGUAAUGGGAAUAAUUUGAUGGUUUGUUGGAGGUUGAGAUUGGAGAAGUGUGAAUGUUACGAAUAGGUUGGAGUUGGGGUAGACGAACAUCAUUUCAUCUAUGGAUUAACAAUAAAUAUCUUUUUGACAAGUGUCACUUCCGGUCAUCAUUGAUGUAAAACAAAAUGGUGAAAUCGACCAUAUGAGAGCAACAGACCGAUCAAUAUCUCGAGCUUGGGGGGAAGAAAAAUUGAAUUUCUGACAGGUAUAUAAGACAUACAAGCUCUUUUACUGGACGGUUAAGUUGGCCAGCUGUCAACCUGGAGGACAGAGCUUGUUGUCCGCGAACAGGAUCGUGUUGACCUUGACCUUCAUCGACCAGGGCUGAGUAGUCGGGGCAAGAAAACGGGAGUAUAAAUUGUUUUAAAAAAUCUAUGACUUCGAUGAUACAAAAGUUUCAAAUAAUCUAUGACUUCAAUGAUACAAAAGUUUCAAAUAAUCUAUGACUUCGAUGAUACAAAAGUUUCAAAUAAUCUAUGACUUCAAUGAUACAAAAGUUUCAAAUAAUCUAUGACUUCGAUGAUACAAAAGUUUCAAAUAAUCUAGGACUUCGAUGAUACAAAAGUUUCAAAUAAUCUAUCACUUCGAUGAUACAAAAGUUUCAAAUAAUGUAGACUUCGAUGAUACAAAAGUUUCAAAUAAUCUAUGACUUCAAUGAUACAAAAGUUUCAAAUAAUCUAGGACUUCGAUGAUACAAAGGUUUCAAAUAAUCUAGGAUUUCGAUGAUACAAAAGUUUCAAAUAAUCUAUCACUUAGAUGAUACAAAAGUUUCAAAUAAUCUAUGACUUCGAUGAUACAAAAAAUGUAAAAGUUAAAUAAAAGAAAAAUUUUUAUCUGCCAAAUCCUCAUCUUCCUUGUCAAUAUAAAUUCAACUCGCUUUUCUGACUCUCUUGUAUUUGAAACAACAAAACUGAACUCCGAAUCGGUACAUUAGAAGAGAAACGACACAAAAUAAAGAAACACACACUUAGUGAAGGUUACCAUCUGAGAUAUGAUGACCUUGAACUAGCUCCUUAUUAACUGAGUUGUAUCUCAAUUAUCUGUGAGCAGACACAUGUUUUCCUAGGAUUUAAAGACCACUAUUCCAGAUGUUACAAACAUAAGAGUAUAAAUAUUAACUGUUUAUUUUCCUUCUCCUUUCCUUUAGGGGUGAAGUUGCCGUUUGAAGAUCCGAGAUUCGAACCCAUGUACCUCGCCGAUAGAGACACGGACUUCAUGUCGUGCACCAACAAUCCGUUCAGAUACUGCAACAGGAAACGGAAGUUCCCAGAAAAGAACAGGUGACAAGACUUUAGCUCCAAUCUCACUGAGAGUAAAAGUAAUAGUAAUAGUUCGUUAGUAUAAAUCGACUAUGCCCAUCUUAAUUAUUGUAGCUAAACGUGCCCCUACCCUUUUUUCUAACUCCCUAAUUCAUCUGGUGCCCCCAACCCCAUGUUUUAAUCAUAUCGCCAAUGAAUCCUCUUAAUGAAUUGGAAUCAAGCCAAUACAUCUUCUUAAUGAAUUGGAAUCAAGCCAAUACAUCUUCUUAAUGAAUUGGAAUCGACUCUGUCAUAAAACGCCAUCUACUAUAAUUCAAUAAAGAUCAAGUGAUAAUAUUCUCAGUGAUAAAUGUUUAGUUAGUAUCAAUACCAAUGUUUAUAUUCAACAUGAAAGGAAAAUAUGUAUGUUACAAGUGAGUGAAAUAAUAUAAAUCAAAUUAAAAGUCUUUAAUGAGGUGGGAUAAUGUGAGGGGGUGGUGGGGUAAUGUGAGGGGGUGGUGGGGUAAUGUGAGGGGGUGGAGGGGUAAUGUGAGGGGGUGGUGGGGUAAUGUUAGGGGGUGGUGGGGUAAUGUGAGGGGGUGGUGGGGUAAAGUGAGGGGGUGGUGGGGUAAUGUGAUGGGGUGGUGGGGUUAUUAUCAAAUUAAAAGUUUGAAAGAAUCUACUUUCUUUAUUAAUUAAAAUGAAAAUAAAGAAAGAAAAUCAGUGUGAACCUCUUUUCUAUUAUUAAAAAUCUUACAACAUUCAUCAGGUGUCCCAAUCUACCCAUCGCUAGGGAAGAUAUUAUGAAGCCGGAACCCGGGGGCUACUACGCAUGCAUGAGACCCUCUGCAAUGCCCGACAGGAGAUGGCCAAUGAGGAGGUUCCCGAGGCCUCCGGAGUCUUUCCUAACCCGAUUGUGGUAGAUUGUUGCCAUGACAACCGAAAACAUUCGAGGUCCGGGGGAGCGGGGGUUACCUCAAAACAUAAAGAUGAUGAUGCAAGGUGUUCAUUAAAGGAGCAGGGAUACGAAAUGUACCUAUAAUCUCAGAGUUCUGUUCUUAAAUCAGGAUAUAACAUAGGAGACACAGGGAUACAAAAUGUAUUUAUAAUCUCAGAGUUCUUUUCUUAAAUCAGGAUGUCAAACAGGGAACACAGUGAAUUGUUUUUAAACAUACAAACUUUGAUUCUGUGCUGAUUUGGUGAGGGGUGGUCUCAAACUCAAACUCCACUUGUAGCGUUCAUCAGGGUACUUUUGAAUGCUUAGAUGCCGCGUCAUAUCAAAAUGCCGUCUUUGUUAAGCGCUGCCUUCAUAACAUGCGUAGCAUAACACAUAACCUUGCCGUUUGUAUGAGAUAAUAUUAUAUGAGGGUAUUCAUGUGUAUGAAUUUAUCAUGAUUAUUUUUCAAUAUCAAUCCGGGACGUCAUUUUUUUUAUUCAGUUGCAGACAAACAAUGUUAAUAUGUAGAUUGUGAAUGCAAUUAUUCAAUCACCAAUGUUAGUAUUUGGAUGUAUUCAUUCAAUCAACAACGUUUAUAUGUGGAAGCAUUUAUUCAAUCAAUGUUGAAGUCUCUUUAAAGGGAACGAAC